ACUUUACUAAGCAAAAAAGAAAAGUGUAAGCUAUUUUAUAUGGCUCGAUUUACUAAAUUAUUAUUCUAAAUUUUAUUGUUAAAAAAUUUGAUUUAAUAUUAACUUACCUCUAUAUAUUUUUUAAACAUUAUUCUUAUUGUAAACAGCAAAGAAGAUUUAAUUGAAAGUACUGAUUCAGAAAGUAAAUACAGCAAUGGGUGUUCUGUUUGUUUUUCAUAAGAAAGAAAAAAAAGAUAUCUGAAAAGCUUCCUAAGCCUGGGUUUGUCAUUUUGAGAUUGAAAACAGUGGAUUGUUAACUCCUGUGGUACGCACAGAAUCGUCAGGUAAAGUUUAUAUUGUUGUAACAUUUUAAACUGCUACUAAUAUUAUCAUUCAAUAUCGUUCUUUAUUAUUUUUUUUAAGAAAAGGAAGUUCAGCACAGACAAAAUAAAACUUUUGAUUUACAGUCAGAAAGUGUUGUAAAGUCAAAAGAUAUGUCUGGUCUUCCUGGCAACACAAGUACUUCAUAGUUAAAAACGUUUGGUUACACUACAUCUGUAUUUGCUUUAGGUGCCCUAAGAAGUCCUUUACAGUCUUAUCACAGAGCACAGCGGAGAAGAGCAUUUAAUAGAAAGUGCACACCUCCUUUAUAACCGAUGUAAAAAAACUUGUCCAGAGGUGGGUUUCGAACCUGGGAUCUCUAAACUCUGAGACAAGCGUGCUAACCACUGCGCUACACUGCUGCAAAUUUUUGUUAUUUUACUUUGUUAAGUUACUUUGAGACUCCUCUUUUUUUCUUCUAAACUAUAUCAACUUAGUACUCAAAAGAAAUUGCUGGUUUUGCAUAUAUAUACAAUAUUAUAUACAUAUUAAUGUAUACACAAUAAAAUUUGUUUUUAUUUAAAACUAAAAGAAUAAAAAAUAGUGUUGUCUUUUUCAAAAAAAAAACGUCUUCAACGAAACAGGGGUUUCAAGUAUAUUUUGGAAAUAUUUUAUGAACUCUUUUACCAAAUAAUUAUUUAUAACACAAUCAUUUUUCUUUUUGUUUUGAGUACAAAGUUAUGGUUUAUGGAAAAAAAAAUCAAAAAUAUUAGGACCCGAAUUCCGAGAAUUUAGAAUCCAAGGAGGAACCUUAAAAUCUUGUCAUAAUUGGAAAGUAUUUGUUUACUUUUUUCUUAUACUUAAUAAAGAUCGAUUCGCGUCUCAGGAAUGUUUAUUUUUAAACUCUUUUUUCUGCUGUGAAAAUUGCUCCACCCUAGUAUCAAAUACCACUUUGUUUGAAUUAUUAAUUUUUUUUUAUAUUGGUUUUUAAUAAUUGCUUCAUUUUUACAUUAUAAGCAGAAAAAUUGUUGUUGAAAAUUUAGGCAGCUCAUAAAGAAAUAAGAGAGUCGCAAAAGUUGCAUUCAGCUAUGUUGCACAGCAUUCAGCAACAAGUUAAUUCAAUGCAUGGCAUUACAGAGGAUGAAAUUGAAUUAAACUUACCACUUAAAACAACUGAAGAUGUCGAAGCUUUUGAAGAUAGUUUGAAAGAUGAAGAUGUGAAAAAAAAAUUGGUUCAGGUCCUUGUAAAUAACGGUGGUCUGAAUAUAACAAAUUUUGUAAAAAGGAAUAUGAAAUUUUUAUUUUCUAAUGAACUGGCACGAAAAUAUAACCUAACUGGUCAGAAAAAUAAAAAACCAUUUCAGCCAUUGCAGCUAUUUCAAAUGUUUUUGACUGGCGAUGAUCCAGCAGAAAUCUGUGGCGUAGAUCUAGUGUUUCCCCUGUGUUCAAAUAAUGCAAGAUCUCGCAGUGUGGGAUUGCAAUUCUUAAUUAAUGGUGCAGCAAAAAGAAACUAUGAAACAAAACAAAAUUUAUCAAAAAAGCUUCUUGAAGAAGUACUUUCCACUUGGUUUGGUAAUGCUCGAGAUAGAGGUAAAGACAGCCGAAAAGGGAGAAAUUCAAAUGCAGCAAACACGGAAAACAACAUAUAGAAUGUUUAAUGUACAUUAUAUAUAUAUCGAAUGCAGCAACGAACACACAUAUAUAUAUUGAUUACAUAUUUAAUAAUAGUUUAUUUUAUUUAAUAAAACAUACAUGCACAUGUGCUUGUGUUUUCAAUUUGUA